GAUCCCUCAUAUGUCUUAACUGAAUGAAAGAGGCCCAAAAGAACAACAAAAAAUUAAUCAACCAAUUAGGCUACGAUACAUUUUAUCAAACUCAUCAAUGAGAGGCCCAAAACCUUUUAAGAUCAUUCAGCAGGCGCGUAGCUCACCGGGAAAAGGUUACCACCGUUCGGCCGGUGAAGUAAAGCUCUGCAUUUCAGUUUCCUGUGUCAAGGAAUCUGGGGUGAGGAUGGCGAUAGCCUUAUUCCCCAACUCCAAACUCCAAUAUAAACCGCAUAUUUCGAGUCCCAAAAUCCCAGUCCACCGAAAGAAGGCUAAUCACUUCAACCCCCCCGACGGGAUCAGCAACUUCAUAUUACCUCAAAGGCAGAGACAAUUACGGUGGCAGUCGUUCUGUAAGAGCGUUGAUUCCCAGGAGAAAGAAACCAUUAGCCGGAGCAGCUCAACAGGCAUGUGGAUUUCUUUUCUUCUUUUAACAAAUGGCAAGAAUUGGAAUUUAACAAUCUUCCAAGUAUCAAUGAGAAUUUUGUUUUCUGCUUGGGUUUUCAUUUGUUCAGAAUCUUCCGAUGAGGAGAAUUACGAUUUAGGGGUCAAAGCUGCCUUGUGUCUCCUCAAUUUCUACAAAAGUGAAAUCUCUCCAAUUUUGCCAAGAAGCUGUCGAUUUGUUCCGACCUGCAGCGAGUAUUCCAUGAUUGCUUAUAAGAAGUACGGAUUUGUUAAAGGAACCAUCUUAACAAGUUGGCGAAUUUGUCGCUGCAAUCCUCUAGGAGGCAGAGGUUUCGAUCCGCCAAGAUGGUUUGAUGAGGAGGAAAUCCCCCCCGAGAGUUGAGUCUUGAGUGAAAGUGAUAUAUUGGAUAGUUCGAAUGCUGUAGAUAUUUGCAAUAGCUUCAAGAUGAUGUUCUUUGAAAGUUAGACCAGCGGAAAAAUGUUGGACUUGGAAGUAAGAAACUGAAGCAUUUACUUACUUUACUCAUUGAUCAUACAGUUAGAUAUAGUACUUGGUUUAGAAUCACAAAGUUGAAUUUGAAGGGUUUGGACUUCGGUGUUCACCAUGAACUGAUCAACUUCAUCUUAAUCUAAAGCUUCGAGUAUUAGCCAGUUUCUUGUUUGGCUACUUUACAAGGCCUAAUGAGGGCUCUCUCAGGCGGAACUCCGACCAGCUUGCUCCGACCAGCCCCUUCUUUUUUCUUUUUUUUUUGGUAAUAUAUUGUUGUUUUAUUUUGUAUUUUGUAUACGUCUAAUUGGGUUGUUUUCAUCAAGAGUUCAUUUACAAGUUUGUUAGAAAUGAAUAUUCUCAUUAAUGCUCUUAUGUCUUUUUCUGUAACCAUCUAAUCUACC